AUGAUUCUACAAGCCCUUCGGCCGCUCCGCAGCCACCCCUCGCCCUGGACAUGCUGCCUUGGACCGGGUGGGCUCUCUCUGGACGUCCAGUCGUCGCGUGGCAUUCCUAGCGGUGUGUUUGCGGCUGGCUGGUCCCAAUUCCAGCGCCGAUCCCAAGCUUUGGCGCAUCGCCAAGACACCAUUGACUACUUGAACCUUGCAGAGUUGAACACCUUUUGCACCAGGAUGAAGAUGCACAUCCAGUACGAUAUUUUUGAUUGGGCUACAAAGCCAGUGCGUUUUGUCUUCUCACAGGAAAAGAGCUACACCUCACAUGCACAGCAGUUAGGCUCCUACACCGACAAAGCUCUGGGCGGCUUUGCCUGA